UCGCGGAGGGACAAAUACAGCAGAAGCAGCCAAUCGUGUGAAGUUAGAGAUAGAACAGUCACUCACACAUUGGAACAUGGCUGCUGUGGUGUCGAGAAUAUUUAAAAAUAAACUGUCCAGAGAUAAAAGGUUUCUGAAAUGCAUCAGUGCAGACUUCAUGCAAAUUUCAUGUUUGUCAAUACAAACACAACCUAUCGUUAAAGAUGAUGGGCCAGUAGAAGUGAAAUUACAUCCAUUGAAGCAUCCAGAUUAUUUUGAAGUGUCCAAAUUAUUCACUGUCAAAGAUUUAUUUGAUGCUAGAGUGCAUUUUGGCCAUACAGAAGGUACUUUAGAUGAUCGAAUGAGACCUUUUUUGUAUGGAUCUCGAUUAGGACAUUUGAUAUUUGAUCUUAAUCAGACGGCUGAACAUCUUAGACAAGCUUUAAACUUCACAGCACAUGUUGCAUAUAAUUCAGGAUUAAUAAUGUUCAUCUGUAGAUCACCACAAAAUGCACAUUUAGUAGAAAAGACAGCAAUUGAGUGUGGGGAGUUUUCACACACUAGAAAAUGGAGAAGAGGAAUAUUCACCAACUCAACUAAAGAAUUUGGAGCAGUUACCAGGUUACCAGAUCUUUGUAUUUUUUUAACACUGUUGGACACUGUUAUGUCCGAACAUAUUGCUGUGAAUCAUGCAGCUAAAAUGUGUAUACCUACAGUUGGGAUAGUUGAUACAAACUGCAAUCCCAAUCUGAUAACAUAUCCAGUGCCUGGUAAUGAUGACACUCCCAGUGCAAUUGAACUUUAUUGUAAAUUAUUUAAGAAAGCCAUUUUAUUAGGUAAGGAAGCUAAAGAUAGAGAUAAUAACCAAACAUAA